CGAUGCUCUGCUUGACAUAACAUUUUCGAUAUUGGCGGUCUGUAAAGUGAUACAAUUAUAAUAUACUGUAGUUCCAUGGUUGACAAAGAUUUGGUCGUCCCUGACGGCAUGUUGCCAUCAAAACAAUAUAGUUACGUCGGAUACAGCAACCCCACUCCCCUCAAAAAAAAAUUGGCAUUUUUUUUAGGGGAGAGGGUGGCUGAAGACGCGCUAAAGAAUAUUCCGUUGUAUUGAAGAAGGUAGCACCAAUUGAAGGAAUCGUUUGCUUUUUCACUUACGGACUUUAUUCCUGUGUCUCAGCUCAUAAUGAAAGUUCGUAAUCCUUUUUUGCUAUUGAUUAUGGCAAUAGCACUUCUCAACAACGAAUGUACGGCCUCUGGCAUUUUAGACCCGAAAGCACGCACAGUUAAAACAGGGCAUCCUAGGACAGAUGCUCCAAUUACUAGGGAAUUCACUCCAGACCAAGAAACUGACCUGCCUGAUGACCCUUACAUGAACUACAUGCUGUGGCCACACUUUCACUUUAGUGGGACGUUUCGUGCCGAUGUUUCAACUGUCAAUAAUAAUCCAUCCAAUUACGAUACUGACAAUUUUGUACCAGCUGACCAGUUACCAGGCCCAGGAGGCUUUAACCCAAAAGGCAGUGGAGAAUGGAGCGUAAAUGGCUCUGUGACGCAUGUCUGCUAUGCUGAUGGACACUGUGUGGGCGAUGAUGAAGGAGAUAAAAGAACUGAACCAAUCAUGGGAGCGCCCAUACUGGAUGGUGGAAACAAGACGUUUGCAAAGAUGGUUGACUUGGACAGUGAAGCUCAACUCUUCUCUGAGAUUUGGGGCUGGAGAAUUCGAAUUGGAAAUAUAUUUUCUGCAGAUUACGAGCCAGUUCCGUUUCAGUACAUAUGGACGAAAAUGAUAACCAGCCGAGGGGGAGAUUCCACUUUUGGCGCAGCCUAUCAAUCGGUGUUAUCAAACAUUAGAUGGAUAGACAAUGCAAAUGAUUCGCCUUUCAUCAAUCAGCUUCGAGACGCAAUGGAAAAAGAAAACAUUGACAAUAAAAGACUAUCUAUACGUCUUAAUGUAGACAUGUACCAUACUGAUUCAAAGAAGAGCACUUUUACCAUGGGGCGUGUGACAGGCACAAUUGGUUUGCAAGGCUGGAAGUCUCCACCGUUCUUUACUCUCGGCCGCAUGAUGAAGUCGAUGUCAAGUCAUUUUCAGGAUACACCUUUUUAUGUCGAUCAAACGAAACGAAAAGUGUUUGUAGACUUUGGAAACAGUUUACCAAUAAAUGCAAAUGGCAGUAUGGACAUGAGAGUCGUUGGUGAACUUCUUCUUGCCGUGUCUCUAAACACAACUCCUUCGCUGACAUGUUCUGAUGACCUCCUGUGGCUUGGACUGAUCUAUAAUAACUUCCACAACUGGUAUCAGAACUCUGCUGGAGUCCAGGUGUUCCCGUCUAUUGGAUCAUUAUCGCCUGAUCAGAUGGAAACAUUGAACCAGCAUCCAUUGGUUGUUGCUCAGGUUACUGGCACCUGGCCAGUGUUGAAAUGUGAGGAAAUUGUCAUGGCGGAAGCUCGUGAUGGCAUUGACAUUCAUCCAUACACCGAAUGGACGUUUCGGAAGAAUCCGAAUGAACGAGCGCAUGUUCAGUUAAUUGCGACGAAAUUUGGAAAGCCUCUUCCUGAAGUAGAUGUUAAACUCGACCCUUGUAAUUGUGACAACAUUUUCUCGGGUGGACCAAAGGUUGGCGAGCCUCCUUUGCCUGAUGUGCCAUCCCAAACGAAGACGGAUGAAAACGGAAUCGCAACGUUUGACAUAGAAGUGAAAGAUCCUAAGAAUAACAGGAGCUUUAUAGAUGGGCAAUUAUAUCCUUUUAUCUACUCGGUUGCAAAUCAAAGCACGAACUGUGACAACAUGUGCACAAACGAUACUCUCAAGCUACUCAACUCCCUGAUUGUCAUUCUAGCUUGGGACAGUUACAGUAUUAAAGGCGCAGAGCCAACCUGGUUGGAUGAUGUUUAUCCAAUCUUUAAACAAUAUGCCAACUUGUAUCCAGUGAUGACUGAUAACUUCGUAAAUUUAGCAAACUAUUACGACGUCCUAAAACACCGGAAGGCCAUCAAAAUGAGUCUUGAGUUGCCUUUGUCGCAUCCAAAUCAUAUGCCUGUUACGCGUGACCUUUCAACAUCCAAGCGCAACGCUAUUGUGGAAUGGCUCUCGAAAGAACCUGUACUUGGCCAGCCAAGGAAAUUUUACUCGGUGGAACAUCUCCGGGAGGACCUACAAAUUGCUCUUCAACUUGAGCAUUCGACCAUUCCUCCAUAUCUGACUGCUUUGGCCUCCAUCAAGGGCAGCUAUAAUCUGCAAAUUCAAAGUGUCCUGAAGACGGUGAUAAUCCAAGAGAUGAUGCAUAUGGCACUUGUUGCCAACAUCCUUAAUGCUGUUGGUGGAAAACCAUCUUUAUAUUCAAAGGACUUUAUUCCGCAUUACCCCUCACGCCUUCCCGGUGGGGUGCAGCCUGAUUUGAUAGUUCCUAUCGAAAAGAUGUCCCUUGGUCUAAUAAGGAACAUCUUUAUGAAAAUUGAACAGCCGGUUUUAGAGCUAAAACAAGUUUCCAGUUUUAAACACACGUUCUCAUUCAUAAAUCGUCAGAAAAACAUGGUCGAGGAGGGCCAUUGCAGAAAAAGUGAUGAAGGCGAAAGCUGCGCGGAAGAAAAACUACGUACCAUGGGCUAUGACAGACAAACUGAUGAAGAUCCAUCUUCGUGCUUUUUUGUAGCUGGAAAGGAGUUUGAUACAGAUUUUCAGUUCCGUCAAUUGGAAAGUGUGAAUCAUAUGAUGUUUAAGGACAACACUGAAACACACACAGAGCCACGUAGAUAUUUUCCCGGCGACGACACCAGAAAAAUCGUCCGGCACCAUAACACAAUCGGUGGUUUCUACAAUCACAUCUUGAACGCCCUUGGAAACCUUACAGAGUGUGGGAGAAACAACAGCAUAUUUACUGGAGACCCAAACAGACAAGUUGAUUUUCAACACUGGUCAGUGCACGGACAUACUUUAGCGGUCCAUAACUACUUUACGGCGGUAGAAGCCAUCCAAGAUAUUAUUGAGCAGGGUGAAGGUAGCUCUCCGUGUAAUCCCGUUGCCUGGGAUACAGGAAAAAAGAAGGAUCUGUCACAUUACUUCUUGUUCUAUUCAGUUGCCGAGAAACAUGAAAUUCAAGUGGCCGAGGCAACUUCGCCUCCAUACGACAAUGAUGAUGCUGCUACUGAUGAUGUGGUGGACUUUACUAAGCUUUGUAAUGGCACCUACUACUUCAAUGGUUCCAAGAUUCCUUUCGAUCCCGAAGGUGUUUGGCCGAUGGUUCCUAAUCCCCGAAUGUCAAAAUACACUGCGGGCUCAACCGCUUACAGGAGAGCAGAAAGGUUCAACCAAGUGUAUACCAAGUUGCUGAAAUCACUGGAGGAUGUCUUCAAUGGCCACCCAGACUCACUGAAGGAUGCUCUUGGCCUAAUGUACUCGGUUGAUCUUCACUUGCGAAACCUAGUUGGCACGCCCAUUGACGACAAUGGAGACCCGGAUGUCGGGCCAAACGCUGGCCCACCUUUUGAUUUUACGCCAUAAAGUAGUGCCUUGUAGCCUGAAUUUUUAGCACUUUCCACUGGCUAGCCUGCGAGUGCAGACGGCUUUCGGUUGUUCUUUCAUGCCGCCGAUGUAAAUCCGUCCACCCUGGCAGGUAACAGGUCAUUUACACGUCAUUUAGGCCAGUUCCCCUCUCUGGGGAGAGAUUUCGGAAUCAAACAGCCAUUAAUUCGCGGUUUUUGUUCUAUUGAAAGCGGUUUUCCCGUGGUUGUCGCCCUAAGCAAGUGGUCCGUCCAGUAAUUUGCAUGCAGUAGCCUUAAAGUGGACACAUUUGAUGUCUGUAGCAACGAAGUAAUUGCAGUUGAAUUCCAAUCAAUACAUAGACAGGUAAAUACGAACGAUAUAAAAUCCCGACGUUUCGGCGACUUCAUGACGCCAU